AACCCCUCACUCUGCUUUAGCUAUACAAACUGAUUCAUUCUUCACGUUAGAGUUCAGUUAAAGUAAGUCUUCCUUCAACAAUCUCAACCAUAAAUUAGCUUUUAACUUUUUGUUUUGGUAUGCAAUUUCUUUUUGUCUCUUUUGUUGGUCUAUGAUACUGAUUUUCCAGCUUCAGAUUUUACCGGGUCAUAUAUUCGUAUUUGAUUUUUCUUCUUAGAAAGAGAGAGAGUGGGUCAAGGGCUUUAGGUGAGAAAAGUGCAUGUAGACACUUCAUAUUCUUUAUUAUCAACACUAAAUUUUCAUGUGUUCAAUGGUAUUUCCUGGAAGAAUCAUUUAUUGGGUAUGAGUUUAAUUUCGUAGAAUUUUGUGAACUUCAAUUGAAAUGUUAGGAGAAGAGGGUAGUAAAGACCGCCCAGCCGGUGGCACCAAAAGAGCUUAUUUACGGUCCGUUUCUUGGAGUGACCGGUCGCCCACCAAGCCUAACCCCAACCCAAAACCACAAUCUAACAGUAAAGCACGGUCUUUUUUGCCCCCGCUAUCCAUAACCAGGCGGCCUGUUGAGGAGUGGCCAAGGGCCGGUUCUGAUGAUCUUGGUGUGUGGCCUAAUCCACAAACACCAAGAGGGUCAAUACAACCCUUGGAGAGUCCUAGUUCGGAACAGCCUGUGAGGGAAUUUCAAUUUAAGAGGGAUAAGCUUGCGUUUUUUGACAAGGAGUGCUCGAGGAUUGCUGAUCAUAUAUAUCUGGGGAGCGAUGCGGUGGCCAAGAAUCGUGAUAUUUUGAGGCGGAAUGGGAUUACUCAUGUGCUUAAUUGUGUUGGCUUUGUUUGUCCUGAAUAUUUCAAGAAUGAUCUUGUAUAUAAAACACUUUGGUUGCAAGAUAGUCCUUCAGAGGAUAUCACGAGCAUUCUCUAUGAUGUGUUUGAUUAUUUUGAAGAUGUUCGAGAGCAAGGUGGGCGGGUCUUUGUACACUGCUGCCAGGGAGUAUCAAGGUCAACUUCUCUGGUUAUUGCAUACCUCAUGUGGAGGGAAGGCCAGAGCUUUGAGGAUGCUUUUCAGUUCGUGAAGGCUGCCAGAGGAGUUACUAAUCCGAAUAUGGGUUUUGCUUGUCAACUUUUGCAGUGCCAGAAGCGGGUGCAUGCUGUCCCUGCCAGCCCUAAUUCCGUGCUUAGGAUUUACCGGAUGGCACCUCACUCUUCGUACGAUCCUCUUCAUCUUGUACCAAAAAUGUUAAACCACCCGACUGCCCAAAGAUUUGACUCUCGUGGGGCAUUCAUUGUUCAUGUUCCUUCUGCUAUAUAUGUGUGGAUAGGAAAGAAAUGCAACCAGGUUAUGUCAUAUAGUGCAAGGGAAGCUGCCAAUCAGGUCAUCCGAUAUGAAAGGGCUCAGGGUCCAAUUAUGAGCAUCCAAGAAGGGGACGAGCCCUUGGAAUUUUGGGAUGCUCUUGCUAGGGGACAACUCUUAGCAGAUGGUUCCAGUAAAAAGGAGGUUCAAGAUGAAGUAUCGUAUUCUGAGAAUGAUAAGGUCACUACAACAAUGCAUAUUGGGGCUGGUGAGAUGAAGGUUGAUGAAUAUGAUUUGGAUUUUGAACUUUUCCAUAAAGCACUGGCUGGUGGGGUUGUUCCGCCAUUUUCAGUAUCAACUACUGAAUCUGAAACUCGCCUCCCUGCUAGAGAGAAUGGGUGGUGCAGACUAAGACGUAAGUUUGCUAAUGGUGGUAUGAAAGAAUUUUUUGCAUCUUCCAAACUGAAAAGUGCCACUUCUUCAAUAAGUGAUGGAUCAAAUAUGAUAAUAGAUACUUGCAAAGAAUCAGAAGAUGCUGUUUCUCUUACUGAUUUUUCAUUACUGUCAUCACCACCUGGUUCACCAGAUUCCUUUGAUUGUUUCCCCAGUGGUAUCCCUGAUAGGAUAAGGGAUAAAGAAGUGGAAUGCUCUGUUCCCCAUUCUGGUCAUUUAUUUCCUCCAACACCUUCUCGUGGUUCACCACAUUCAUUUUCCUGUUCUCGGGGCAGCAGCCCACAUCUGGGCUCUAAGUCUCCUACCCUCUCACCUUCAACAUCUGAUUACUCCAGUUCCUUUACCUUUUCACCCUCAUCUUGCAAUUGGUCUGACUUUUCAUACUUGUCUUCUCGGCAGCCUUCACCUUCUGGCUUGGAAGCUACAGAUCCACUUUAUGGAAGAUAUGCUUCCUUGGCAGAUAAUUCAUAUUCACCAUGCGAAGAAACUCCACCUUCACCUUUAAAGUCAUUUUCUGGCGAUCAUAAAUUUAGAGCAGAAAGUGCUUGUUUGCCAUGUAAAGGGAUUUACCCAUCAAUUGCAGAGCGUAGAGGGAGUAAUCCUCCACCCCGCCUAUUGCCAUCUUCUGACAAACCAUCUUUAGUACCCAAGAACCUAGUAAGGUCAUGGUCCUUUUCUCUACCUGACUUGGAGCCUCAUGUGAUGAAGGAUAUGGAUGACAACCAAUUUGAUUACGAAGGCAAUAGAGAGGAGCUAAUGUUAGAUGUUGACAUCAUUAGUGUGGGCAAUGAUUCACAUAGCGAGGUUGAAAACGAGAAAGAGUAUGGUAAUGUUCAUCUACCAUCUAUUUCUAUGAUUAAUGAGGUUGCGGAAGUAACAACCCCAGUGUUGUACGAUUGGCCUUCUUUGAGUAAAGUGGAGAUGCAUUCCUCUCAUACCCUUGAUUCAAGAUCAGUGUAUAUUUUGUUGACUACAGAUGUGAGUUUGGGCACAAAUGAGCAUCGAAUUUUGUAUGUUUGGCUGGGGUGUGAAGCUUUGAAUCAAAAAGGGCAGAGACCAUUGAUCAGCGACAAUGGCAGUUGCAAGGAUGACCAUCUUCAAUUGGAGACAUUUAAUCGCAACAUUAUUAAUCAAAUGGGUUUGCCAGCCAAUGCUUCUGUAAAGAUAGUUAGAGAAGGCGAGGAGCCGGAGCAAUUCCUUAAGCAUCUCAACUGUUUCUCAUUUCAAAAGGGCAACUAGUAAGAUAGUCUGGAAAGUUCCUGAUUCUCCCAGAAGUUGGUUUGUGAUCUUUCUUAGCACCCUGGUAAACUGUUAGAAAGGAUAUUACAGCUUAGUAAAAGUAUUUAGGCAUCCCAGGCAGUAGAAAUGAACCAUAUCUGCUUGUGUGAUGUAUCCAGAAUUCAAGCUAUUACUACAACAAGCUGUGUACAUAAACAAGCCUGCUUACUGUAUAGGAACUAGAAGUAAAUAAUAUCCACUGGAUAAGUGAAUAAAAUCAUUUUACUACCCGUGUUUUCUUUCUUUGUCCUGGCAAAUCCAACACCGAAGGUGUUGCUCUCUGGGGUGCUUGAGAAUUAAAUUCGUUUUCUCCAAGAUAAGGUGAGAUUUGUUAUGCAUUGAUUUUUCUGAAUAUUUCCUUUGAUUUUGCAUGUCUGGUAGGCAAUGCU